AAAAGAUAUUUAUUACAAUUUUACUGAAUCUAUUAGAUAUUUUUAAUAAAUUAACAAAAUGUCUGACCUUCCAUACGGACCCCCAGUACGAGUAUCACCAUUGAUCAGGUUUGGUAGGUGGUCAUUCCUCGGCGCCGGUAUACUGUAUGGAGCAUUCCACCAGAAUAGACUGUCAAAGAAAGAAGCCAAGUUCAGAGAGAUCGAGGCCAAAGAGAAAGUCAUCCGAGAUGCAAAGCUGAAGGAAGAGAAGGCCAUAGCGGCAGCUGCCGAGAUUAAAGCUCUCGAAGAACUCGUCUCGCCCGUGAAGAAUUGAACAGGAUGUAAAUGACUCUAGUUUUAAGUUAACAGUGAAGAAACACCGCCAUCUUGUAUUUUGUGUAUUGCCAUAACGAAUAAUUCGCAAAACAGGUCCCUUUAUUUAAUUAACAAUUGUAAUUAAAUAUUUACAAUUUUGCACUAAUUUAGUGUUGCGAAUCUUAUAACUCUCAAAUAUUUAUUAAAUGUCGAUUUUAUGCUGCAAUAAAGGAGUGUUACCAGGGAUGCAUAAUAAA